CCCCCGAAGGGUGCCCACCAGGCACAAAGAACUACAAAGGAAGUUGAUCCGAAGACCCCUGGUGUGGCAAGAAUGACUUCAAGUUGUAUGAUUCCAGUGUUUGCUUUGAUGAUUGGGUGUUUAGCCUCUGCAGGUCCCAUGCCUACGAACGAGUGUGCGUUGUCACCUGUCAAUAGCUCCCACCCAGUUCAAGCCUUGCUUGAGAGCUUUACGGUUUUAUCCGGCUGCGCAAGCAAAGGGACUGUUGGAUUGCCACAGGAAGUUCAUGUCCUCAAUCUCAGGAGCCCUGAAGAAGGCCUUGGCCACCAUGAAAGAGAGGUCACCUUACAUUUGAAUCCGAUUUCUUCAAUUCAUAUUCACCAGAGGCCAUUGGCAUUCAUACUGAACUCUCCUGUUCCAUUGGUAUGGAAGGUGAAAACAGAAAGACUUGCCCCAGAGAUUUCGAGGUUUUUCACUGUAUCAGCAGGUUCCAUUGUGCAGUUUGAGAAAGAAAACUUCUCCUUGUCGGCAAAAAUAGAGGAAAAACCUCUCCCUCAAGGAAAUAAGCAUCUGCUACAGUGGGCCCAAAAGGAAUAUGGGGCCGUAACAUCUUUCACUGAACUCAAAAUAUCCAGGAAUGUUUACAUCAAAGUGGGUGAAGAUCAGUUUUUCCCUGCAACAUGCAAUAUAGAGAAGAACUUUAUUUCCUUGAACUACCUUGCGGGGUACCUGCAACCCAAGGCAGCAGAAGGAUGCAUUGUCUCCAGCAUGGAUCAAGAAAGAGAAGUUCACAUAAUUGAACUUAUCACACCAGACUCUAACCCAUACAGUGCUUUCCAGGUGGAUAUCAUCAUUGACAUUCGACCAUCUCGGCCAGACACCACACUUGUCAGGGAUCUUGUACUUAUCCUCAAGUGCAGAAAGUCUGUCAACUGGGUCAUCAAGUCACAUGACGUGAAGGGGAAACUGGAAGCAAUUGCAGCAAACAGUGUUGGCUUUGGAAAGGAAACGGAACGCUCGAUGGUGAUGACUAAAAACAUAUUUUCCAAUAUUCCCUCCUCUCAUGAGAGUUUGAUUACGUGGGCUUAUGAUCAUGGCUACCAUCCAGUUACUUCCUAUACAAAAGCACCUGUUGCUAAUAGGUUCCAUCUACGCCUUGAGGACACUGAAGAGAUGAAUGAUGAGGAAGACCAUUUCCCACCAGAGCUGAAGGAGUUGCUGCGUGGCGUUAACCCACUGCCAGCUCCACUCGCGCCCUCAAGCGAAGGCGUUAGUUUUGACUUCCACUUCCAUCGAGAUCAUGAUGGAAACUUGCCAUCAACUGAUAUGGUGGACACAAUUAGGACCAAUCGUGGCUUUGAGCACCUCCUUCCAAAAGUCCCAGAACCAGAAGAAGUUCAGGGUAGCGUUCAUGUUGCCCUGACGGUGAAGUGUGAUGACACGUCCAUGAUUGUAGCUGUAGCAAAAGACUCACUGGAGGCUAGCGGUUACAUCGGGACACAACUCUCUCUGCUGGAUCCUACAUGUAGAGCUAAGACAAACAAGACCCAUUUUAUUUUGGAGUCAUCGCUGCAUGAUUGUGGGACUCAACGAAUAGCCUAUGCCUUGGAUAACGUGUAUCUGAACUCUAUUGUUAUCCAUGUGCCGUCACCAAUUGAGGCCAGUGGUUGGGCGGUUGACUAUGAAGACAUGGAAUCAGGGGAUAACGGAUUCCCUGGGGACACUGAUGAAACAGACGUCGUCAUUUCCAGCAGGACUGAAAUUGUUCGGUUCAACUGCACAUUCCACCAGCUGAAAGCUCCUAAAUCUCCUAAGUUCUAUUCACCUGAAUCGCGCAUCGGCAAUGUCACCUUCGGCAUGGAACUUUACGAAACAGGCCUCUUCCGUACCCCAACCCAAGGGUUCUUCUCCGUUGCAGAGAACGGCCAGAUUUUUGUUGAGAUUUCUGUGACCAAGGCUGAAAAAUCCCUGAGCUUUGCAAUCCAAACCUGCUUUAUAUCUCCACAUUCAUACCCUGAUAAGAUGUCGGAGUACACCAUUAUUGAAAACAUUUGUCCUAAAGAUGAAUCUGUAACAUUCUACAACACCCCAGCUAAUUUUCCAAUGCAAAAUGCACAGAUGGAGAGAAAGCGGUUUAGCUUUAUGUUUAAGUCUGUAUUCAACACUUCCCUUCUCUUUCUUCAUUGUGAGGUGACUUUGUGCACAAAGAAAGAAAAAUAUACUCGAGAGCUGGCCAAGUGCAUCCCUCCUGAUGAAGCCUGCACCUUUCUUAGUGUUGAUAUGAUCCUAGCAAUGAUGCAGAAUAAGAAAACCUUCACCAAACCCCUUGCUGUGAUAUCUCAUAAAGGGAAGCCAGAAGAUAAACCUCCUUCUUACUCGAAACCUCCUGAAGGAUUAGCACCUGUCUUCCACGGCCUGGACACUUUGACAGUUGUGGGCAUUGCCUUUGCAGCCUUUGUUAUUGGUGCGCUGCUGACAGGAGCACUGUGGUUUAUCUAUUCUCACACAGGAGAACCGGCAGCAAGACAGCAGGUCCCCACAUCCUCGCCGGCCUCGGAAAACAGCAGCGCAGCCCAUAGUAUCGGCAGCACACAAAGCACCCCCUGUUCCAGCAGCAGCGCAGCCUAACCCAGGGGGCGUGAUGCAAGCCCUCGGAACCACGUAGGGGAGCAGAGGUUCGAAAGGAGCUGCUAGUUGCCGUUCGCUUCGAAAGGAUUGGUUUGGAUUCUUUGGCAGAACGAGGAAGGAUUUUCUCCGUGGUCCUCGAACUUCUUGCAGCAUGCUCUAGGCUCACACACGACAAAGCUACUAUUUACAAACAGCUGUGGAUUGUGCAGAAAACAUCCUCAGGCUCUCGACGUGAGACACUAGCCGGUUCCCCCGCCAUAAACGCUGCGUUUUCUUUACAGAAUCAUAAGUGCUAGGUUCCCCAAACGUCCAGGAGACACGAGGUGUGUCCGUAAAGGGAUUUCAGUCUCAUAAGCUGGGGGGAAAGGUUUUGUUCUCCGUCUCGUUUGAUCCAGGGAUUCCACCUCACCAGAACGAGAAAGCUUCCAGCGCAGAGGAUUACCCGUUGCCAUUAUCGCAAUAUAUACAUCUUCAUUGUU